AUGAAGACUCAUGGCAGCACGUCAAUCGUGCUCUUGUUUACAGUCAUUAGCUUGCUAGCAUCAGUUUUUGCGGUCAAGCACCAUGAUUUCAAGACGUGUGAACAAUCCGGGUUCUGCAAACGGAACCGCCAAUACGCCGACGAUGCGACCGCGGGCGGUGGAAGCUGGACUUCCCCCUACGAGCUCGAUAGCGAAACGCUGACCAUGAAGGACGGUCAAUUGACCGGGAUCAUACUGAAGACGCUCAAGAGCGGAGAGAAGGUUCGCUUCCCUGUGACAAUCAGCUUCUUGGAGAAUGGCGCGGCGCGUUUGACUAUAGACGAAGAGAAGAGACAGAAGGGAGAGAUUGAGAUGAGGCAUAACAGCAAAGCCAGAAAGGAGCGCUACAAUGAGGCUGGAAAGUGGGCAAUCGUCGGUGGUCUGGCUACGAAUAAGGGUGCUGCAUUGAGCCCUGACGCCCCCAAAGGCACGACGAUAGUCAAGUAUGGACCCAGCGGCAAAUUUGAGGCUGUCAUCAGACAUGCUCCAUUCGGCAUGGAUUUCAAACGGGAUGGCACAACUCAGGUUCAAUUCAACGAGCGUGGAUUUCUGAAUAUGGAACAUUGGCGACCGAAGAAGGAACCCCCUCCGCCACUGGAAAAGAAGGAAGGUGAUGCUGAGGGUCCCUCACCACCGCCAGCGGAAGAUCCUAACGCCGAGGACGAGAGCACGUGGUGGGAAGAAUCUUUUGGCGGCAACACCGACAGCAAGCCUCGCGGUCCAGAAUCUGUCGCCUUGGAUAUUUCCUUUCCCGGCUUCGAAGUGGUAUACGGUAUUCCGGAGCACGCGGCUUCCAUGGCUUUGAAGCAAACACGAGGCGGAGACAACGCGUACACUCAACCAUAUCGUUUGUAUAAUUCAGAUGUGUUCGAGUAUGAGCUCGAUAGUCCAAUGACACUUUAUGGGGCAAUCCCGUUCAUGCAAGCUCACCGCAAGGAUUCAACCGUCGGUGUCUUUUGGCUCAACGGUGCUGAAACAUGGGUUGAUAUUGUCAAAUCGAAGACAACGGCCAAUCCCCUCAGCCUUGGCGUGAAGGGAUCUACAACAACACAAACUCAUUGGUUCUCUGAGUCUGGCGUCUUGGACGUUUUUGUUUUCCUCGGGCCAACACCGAAAGAUGUCAUUGCUACAUACACCGACCUUACAGGUACCACUAGCAUGCCUCCAGAGUUUGCCAUUGCGUAUCAUCAAUGUCGUUGGAACUAUGUCACAGAUGACGAUGUCAUGGACGUGGAUCGCAGAUUUGACAAAUUCAAUAUUCCUUACGACGUUAUCUGGCUUGACAUCGAGUACACCGAAGGCAAGAAAUAUUUCACAUGGGAUCCCUUGACAUUCGACGACCCGGAGGCAAUGCACAAACAAUUGGCGAGACGAGAAAGGAAGCAGGUCAUCAUUAUUGACCCUCACAUCAAAAACACGGACAAUUACCAUGUCGAUGAUGAACUCAAGAAGAAGGGUUUGGCAGUCAAGAACAAAGACAACAAUAUAUACGAGGGUUGGUGCUGGCCUGGCUCGUCCCAUUGGAUCGACUGCUUCAACCCUGCGACACAUACCUGGUGGAAGUCACUCUUCCAGUAUGACAAAUUCAAAGGCACCAUGCCGAACACAUGGAUUUGGGUUGAUAUGAACGAGCCAUCUGUCUUCAACGGCCCUGACAUGACGAUGCCAAGAGACAAUAUUCACUUUGGCAACUGGGAGCACAGGGAUGUGCAUAAUAUCAACGGCAUGACGAUUCACAACGCAACUUACACAGCGCUGAUGUCUCGCAGCAAGGCUGAAGAGAAAUCUCCACGCCGACCAUUCGUGUUGACUCGUUCUUUCUAUGCUGGUUCCCAAAGAUUGUCCGCGAUGUGGACUGGUGAUAAUCUGGCAGAGUGGUCGCAUCUUGCCAUUUCUCUGCCAAUGAUUUUGAACCAGGGCAUCAGCGGCUACCCUUUCGCAGGCGCUGAUGUCGGUGGAUUCUUCGGUAACCCUUCGAAAGAGCUCCUGACGCGAUGGUACCAGACAGGCAUUUGGUAUCCGUUCUUCCGAGCUCAUGCUCACAUUGACACUCGCCGCCGCGAGCCGUACUUGGCAGGUGACCCGUACAUGGGCAUUAUCACCGAUGCACUGAAAGUGCGCUAUUCGCUCCUUCCUGCCUGGUAUACCGCCUUCCAUGAGUCGUCUGUCACCGGCGCUCCUAUUGUACGACCGAAUUUCUAUGUUCACCCGGACGACGAGGCUGGAUUCUUGUUGGACGACCAGAUGUACCUCGGCUCGACCGGUAUACUCGUCAAACCUGUUGUUACGGAGGGCGCUGAUAGCGUGGACAUCUAUCUCGGCGACGAUACUCAGUAUUAUGAUUACUUCGACUACUCUCCUGUCAAGGGUAAGGGUCGCCAUACGUUGAAGGCUCCGUUGGAUAAGAUCCCUGUUCUCAUGCGUGCCGGCCACAUUUUCCCACGCCGCGAUCGUUUCCGCAGAAGCAGCGGCUUAAUGAAGAUGGAUCCGUACACUCUCGUGGUUGUCCUCGGAGCCGAUCAAAAGGCCGAGGGUGAGCUUUACGUUGAUGACGGUGAAAGCUUCGAGUUUCAACAGGGCGCAUAUCUUCAUCUCAGGUUCGUCUUUGAAAAUGGUGCUCUGAGGAGCGAAGAUAUUGGUGCGAAGGGAAAGCUCUCCGACAAGUACGCCUCGAAGAUGGAGAAGGUCAGGGUGGAGCGGGUGAUCGUUGUUGGAGCUCCCAAAGCGUGGAAGAAUCUCUCCACUGUCAGUGUAAGCGAAGAAGGAACUAAGUCAAGCGGUGCCAGCAACACAGCGAAGCUGGAGUUCCUUGAAGACAAGGGCACGGACUACGCUAUUGUUAGGGAUCCUGGGGUGUCCAUUUCACGCGGAUGGAAGAUUACGUUUUCAUGA